GGCAUUUGCCAAAAAUAAAUUCAGAGUUACCUCCCUUCAGCUGAUGGGCAAAAACGAAACACAAAAAUAUGCUCUUUUUAAAAUGUUAUAAACAUGUCAACAGAGAAGGAAAAAGACAAAAUACACUUCAAAAUACUUUUAUAAAAUUAUUUAGAAGUUUUUCCACAAACGAGAUUUUCACGAGAUGUAAACACAAGCACGUGUUCUCACGAGAACGUCAGCAGACGACUAGGACGUUGCCUAAGAUUAGAUGGCGAGGAACAUAUCUUGUGAAUAUGUCAUCAGUAAGAUAUUCACAUCAAAUCAUUUCCACCAUGUUGGAGGAGGUUUUGGAGAAAUGCUGCAAUGAAGUGCAUACUGACAAAAUUAUACAAAAUGACUCUAAUUCUCAUGAAAAUGUUUCCAGUGAAGUAUGUCACAUAAUGAAUGAGUUACUAGACUCCCUAGAUGAUGUAGAUGAAAGUGCAAAAACUAUCUCAACUGAGCCUUCAAACCAAAGGGAAUCAAUUCAGGAUCAACAGAGUGGUUUGACUGGAGUCAUGAACUUAUCAAUAGAUGAAGAAAAUGCUGAAGAUGUAUAUGAAGUGAUGGAUCUUUUGUUACUUAAAUGCUGUGAAAUUGCAGAUAAAAAUAAUACCUCAGAUUACAUCUUCAGAGAAAACUCAACGAAUGUCUCUAAAUUUUUGCAAGGAAGUGGAAACCCCAAUUAUGGAGCAUAUUUGAAUGACAAUAAUUGGAACUAUGUUUGUUUGCCUGAUGUCCUUGAGGAAAAUUUAACAGAUGACAAAAUAAGGGAGAAGAAUAUGUCAGAAAAUUGGGAGUUCAAGAACAAGCCUUUGAAUCAGGAAGGAAACAUUAUGGAAAAUCAUGCAGUUGAGAACAUGCUUGUAAAUCAUGAUAGUGGAGAGAAAUUAAAAUUUGAACAGGGGUUGAAUGAGGUUGAUGCUGGAACCAGAGAUGUUUGUUUCAAUGUAAAUGAUGUAAACCUUGUCCCCCAUAAUCUACCAUCACUAAGGUGUCUCUGUGAACAAGUGUUGCUUGGACCAACAGCUGACAGUCAAGGCAUUGAAAGUCUUAAAAGUCUGGCUUUAAAGUUCAUUGAGGGCCAUGGGAUGAACCACUGCUAUGAAAAAGGAAAACAAAUUGAUACAAGCCCUCUCAAAAUGAAGGAUAAAAUUCGCUUGUUGAAAGAUCACUGUCAUGAGGAAAGGUUUUUAAACUGUAAACAAAAUGAAAAUGUAAGCAGCGAAAUACCAGUUAUAGAAAAUCCAAGCAAAUGUGAAACCACAAGUUCAAAAAUGGUACAGGGAUAUGAAGACUGUGACUUUGAGCUGGAAUCCAAAGACAAUGAAAGAAAUGAUUGUGAUGGGAAAAUGAAGUUUAUCAAUUAUUUAGGUUUAUCCCCAUCAAUGACACUAGAAAAUGAAACAGAUACAGAAAAUUUUUGCUCUAAGGCUGAUCAGAAUGCACAUGAAAGUCUUUUACAACCAGCAGUAACAGAAACCAAGUCAAAAAAUUACACAUUGAACUGUACAGAAAUGAAACAAACUAAGAUGAGGGAGCAAGAUAAAGUCUUUGAAUUAGAUCUUGCUGAUUCACAGUGCAUGUCAUUGAAAACUGAGGCAAAGGACAUCAAAUGCUUAAUUAAAUUAUCAGAAACCAAAAUGUCUGAUAAUAUGAAGCAAGAUACAUUGCUUAUUAAGAGUGAUGUUCAAAAUGGUUUUCCUUUGGAUAUGGAACAAUUGAUUCCAUGCAAACGAAUAAAACUAGAAGAUGAAGAAUUGAGUAUCUUUCAAAACCAUCAUACUGAUGAGAAACAAUGUGAAACUCACCUGUUAGCCAGAAUAAAUAGUGACGAUGACAGUGAAGAGGAUCCAAAUGAGAAUACGCUAGAUGCUACUGUCGACAUAGACAUGAAGAAAGAAAAACAAAAUUUAGAUGAUACAGCCAAGAAAAACAUUGAAAUUAUACAAGACAAUUUAAGUGUUGGACAAUUAGAGAGUCUUGUACCCCUAAAUUUUUACCAAGAAAAGCAGUCAAAAGAGGAGGCCAGUGAAGUAGAGAGGAAAGUUUCAGAACUGGAUGAAAAUCAUGGUAAUGCUAAUCUGAGUAAGACAUUGGUUAGCAAUAAUAUUCCUGAUUUAGAAGCAAAGGAUGAGGACAAAUGCACAUAUAGAGAAGUAGAGGGAUAUGUAUUUGAAGAAAUGCAGAAAACUGUAAAAUCAACAGAACAGAUGGUUCCGUCCACAAUGAAUAAAGAACCUACAGAAACAUAUGAUGGAGAAUCAUUUUAUGAUGAUGAGAAUCACAGAUGUGAUAAAUACAGAAAUGUUGGUGCAAAAGAAACUUCUUUGCAGAAUGAACGAAAAGAUUCUGUUCAUGGUGUGUUUGAACCAAAUACUAAGUGCUUCAAGUGGAAAUACACUCCAUCUUAUGAUGAUGAUAUGGAUGCCGUUGUUCCUGAUACAGAGAAAGAAAGCCAUGAUUUACCCUGUAGAAUAUUGCCAAUAUUAUCUUGCAAAAAACCAAUCAGGUUGGGUUUGUCCAGAAAACAACACCAUCUUGCUUCUCUUCAUCCUUACAUGAAAAAGGAAAAGAAAUAGAGGUCUGAUAUUAGUUCAAAAUUUCUUUGAAACAUGCUAAUUAGCAUCGUCAGAAACUGGCUGAUUAGCAGUACUAUGAUUAUUUAAAUUGUUAAAAUUCUUUUUGUAUUUAUUUAUAAUUUGUUUAUAUUUGACUCAAAUGAAUGAGAUCACUUUAUACCAAAAACUAUGUAUAUUUUUUUUUCAUGUUUUACCAAGAUAUGUGAUUUGAAGUCUGUGAUACUAGUAUUGGUUUAGAAAAUUGUUUUAUUAUUUUAAAAAAAAUAGUUUGUAUACUGUGUGUUAAAUAAUUGUCAUAUACAUGUUAUAUCAAGAGCAGAAGAAACAAACUUUGUUCAUGUACAAUGUAGAAUAUGAAUGAUCAAUGAUUGUAAUAUUCUAUGGCUUUAGUAGUGCUCAGCAAGUGAAUGAAAUUGCUUUGUUAGCUCUACUGGUCAGAGACCAGAAGAGCUUAUGCGAUAGUAAUGCGUCCGUCGUCCGUCCGUCUGUCUGUCUGUCUGUCUGUAAACAAUUUUUCAAAAUACUACUCCUCCUACAGUUUUGGUCUGAUUUCAAUAUAACUUGGCACACAAGUAGACUACACUAAGAUACAUAAAUCUGUGUAUCGGUUUUUGAUUUCGAUGAACGGUGUUGCUGUGGUUACUAAAAAUAGAAAUUUCUGUGAAAUUCUUUCAAAAUGCUACUCCUCCUACAGUUUUAGUCUAAUUUCAAUAUAACUUGGCACACAAGUAGACUGCACUAAGAUACAUAAUUCUGUAUAUCGGUUUUUGAUUUCGAUGAACGGUGUUGCCGUGGUUACUAAAAAUAGAAAUUUCUUUGAAAUUCUUUCAAAAUGCUACUCCUCCCACAGUUUUGGUCUGAUUUCUAUAUAACUUGGCACACAAGUAGACUACACUUAGAUUCAUAAUUCUGUGUAUCGGUUUUUGAUUUUUUGAUGAACGGUGUUGCCGUGGUUACUAAAAAUAGAAAUUUCUGUGAAAUUCUUUCAAAAUGCUACUCCUCCUACAGUUUUGGUCUGACUUCAAUAUAACUUGGCACACAA